GCGAAGCGAAACGGUGUCCUCAUUCCGAUUCCAAGGCAAAAAAGCAAAAACACCAACGAUGUUUUCAUUACAAAUCCUUCAAUCAUGUCCUCUACCACUGCUCACCCUCGCAGUCUUUAUCUUCAUCCUCAACGCCGCCACGAAGAUCAUUCAUCAGAGUCCCCGGCGGAGGCGGCGACUGCCUCCGGGACCUCCGGCGAUACCCAUCAUCGGAAACUUACAUCAGAUCGGAGAAUUGCCUCACCGUUCUCUCUGGAAGCUCUCUCGAAAGUACGGUCCUCUCUUACGCGUAAAGCUUGGUUCUGUCCCGACCGUUGUUGUCUCGUCCCCUGAAGCAGCACGGGAAUUGCUCAAGUAUCACGACCUCCAAACUUGUACCCGUCCAGCUAUCGCACGUGCUAGCAGACUGUCAUAUGACUUCGCGGACAUCGGAUUUUCACCGUACAACGAUAACUGGAGAGAAGUGCGAAAGAUUUGUAUUCUCGGGCUUUUAAGCGUGAAAAGGGUGCAGUCUUUCAGGUACAUCAGAGAAGAAGAGGUCGAGUCUCUUGUAGAAACGCUAUCCCGCCAUUCUGUUUCAGGAAAGCCGGUUAACUUGAGCGAGAAGUUAAUGUCGCUGGCUAUUACAAUGAUCUUUAGAGCUGGAUUAGGGAUGAGUUCCCACGGGAUAAAAAAGAAUAUCGAGAGGUUUCGAGGGUUAGUCGAUGAAGGGGGCACUAUUCUCGGUAGAUCUUCGGCUGCGGAUUUCUUCCCAUACGUGGGCUGGAUCGUGGAUUGGGUCACGGGUCUUCACAGAAGGCGAGAGAAGUGUUUUCAUGAUCUUGAUGAGUUUUAUGACGAUACGAUUAGGAAUCACAUUCAGAACAAGAAUAAAGAAGGACCAGAAGAUAUCAUCGAUCUCAUGCUCAAUAUGGGGAGGGAGCAACAGCUCGAAGUUGGCGACGAAUGGAAUCACAUUAAGGGAGUUCUCAUGAAUCUGGUUCUAGCCGGGACAGACACUUCAGCUUCAGCGCUAACAUGGGGGAUGACAGAACUGAUCCGAAACCCUAGAGUGAUGAAGAAGGCACAAACCGAAAUCAGAAACCGAAUCAAGAACGAGGGAAUGAUUAAGGAAGAAGAUCUAGAGAAGCUCGAGUAUCUCAAAAUGGUGGUCAAAGAAACAUUUAGACUUCACCCCCCUGGAGCCGCGUUAAUUCCGAGAAAAGCAAUGUCGGAAUUCAAAAUCUGCGGCUACGACAUAAACCCUAAAACCCGAAUAGAGGUGAACGUGUGGGCUAUCGGGCGAGAUCCGAGUGUUUGGAAAGAUCCGGAAGAGUUUUUUCCGGAGAGAUUUAUACAAAAUGAAAUCGACCUGAAAGGGCAACACUUUGAGCUGUUGCCGUUUGGUGGAGGCAGGAGAGGUUGCCCAGGAAUCCACAUGGGGUUGAGUUUGGUGGAGCUAGGGCUUGCGAAUCUUCUGUAUUGCUUCGAUUGGAAGCUUCCAGAAGGAAUGACGAAGGAUGACGUUGACAUAGAGGAAGUUUUUUCUCUCUCAGUUCACAAGAAGGUACCUCUUCAACUUGUUCCGGUGAAGUACAACAAUUCCAGCUGAAGUUAACGUGUCGUUCAGACAAAAGUUCCAAGAUCUAAGGAAAAGUAUGUAAGAUCUUAUAUACAACUAAGCAUUAUAACCAAAGACAGUUCACAACUCAUUAGAAGUAUGGUCAGAUUAUUGAAUUCACAGUACUGGUGAAACCUGUAACCUUUCUUGGCUCUUCUCGCACAAUAAAUCUAGAUAAUUAAUGCUA